AAAUACAACAAAUAAAAAAAACAAAUAAACAACGGCUACAACAAGUUCAAAAUCUGUUCAAAACCGAUCAACAAAAUGUCUGCUGAUAUUCUGCAGAAAUCAAGAGAGCAGGAUGAAUCGCAUUAUUUCGAGCGUGGCGAUAUAUCCAAAUACGUAGCGAUGAACGAUCACUUGGGUGAUUUGGAUCGCAUACAACGCGAGGUGCGUAAGGAAAUAAGGAUGCUCCUCGUGCACGGCGUCAACUCGGAGCAGCAGCACCAGCAGCAACAGCAGCAGCCACAUCGCCUCCAUGGCGCCCUCACACGCACCAUUUCACAGCCGGCCCAGCUCAUCCAGCAGCAGCAGCAGCAGCAACAGCAGCAACAGCAGCAGCAGCCACCUGUUGCCAGUCUGGUGACCAUCACCGAGAACCUGGGCAACAUGAACCUGCACCGUAAGCUGGAGCGCACCCAGUCGGAGCCACUGCCGCCACAGCAGCCGAUGAACACGUCCAGAUACAAGACCGAGCUGUGCCGUCCGUUCGAGGAGGCCGGAGAAUGCAAGUACGGCGAGAAGUGCCAGUUCGCCCAUGGAAGCCACGAGCUGCGCAACGUGCACCGUCACCCCAAGUACAAGACGGAGUACUGCCGCACCUUCCACAGCGUGGGCUUCUGUCCCUACGGACCGCGCUGCCACUUUGUCCACAAUGCGGACGAGGCCCGCGCCCAACAGGCAGCCCAACAGGCGGCCCAGCAGGCGGCGGCCCAGGCAUCCAAGUCCUCCCCCCAGUCGCAGUCGCAGUCGCAGUCCCAGGCGCAGCAGUCGUCGUCGCAGAACUUCUCGCCGAAGAGCAACCAGAGCAGCAACCAGAGUAGCAACAGUAGCGUCAGCAGCACCGGCGGCGGUGGCGGUGGCAGCGGCAGCAACAACAACAACAACAGUAGCCAGUUCUAUUUGCCGCUGAGCCCACCGCUGAGCAUGAGCACAGGAUCGGACCGGGAAUCGCCCACCGGAUCACUGUCCCUCAGCCCAACCAAUUCGCUGACCAGCUUCCCGUUCCACGAUGCCCUGCCGCUGCAGCACGGCUACUUGGCCUCGAAUGGCGCCACCAGCAACAGUUCCGCCUCGUCCACAUCCUCGGCCUCUGGACUGGGCCUGGGCAUGAGCAUGGGCAUGGGCAUGGGCCAGGGCGGCAUGAUCAUCGGCCAGGGCUUGGGAAUGGGUCAUCACGGACCGGCCACACCGCCGGAGAGCCCCAAUGUGCCCAUUUCGCCCGUGCACACACCGCCGCCGUACGAUGUGGUGGUCAGUGGCUCUGGAGUGGGCAACAAUACCGUCGGCAGCAAGCAGCUGCUGCAGAAGAGCGUCAGCACACCGAUGCAGCAGGAGGAUACGCCCAGGCUGCCGGUAUUCAACCGUCUCAGCUCCGGCGUGGAGGCCUACCAGCAGCAGUCCAACUUGGGACUCUAAGGCGAGGCGGUCCGCAAGACAAAAAUGAAUUGAAACACCAUCCAGCAUCCAGCAUCCAGCAUCCUCCUACUCACGCCCAUCAAAGCAUCCAUCCAUCCAUCAACAAACAGCAUCCUUGACAAAAUCUCAGUAACGACCACACCAUGGAAACUACUCUCACAGUGCAAUCCAAACCCAACUUCCCCAAGGCAACUGGAUUUCCGGGGCGCAUUUUCGAUGCAGAACAUGCGUGCAUCAAGUAUACGCCACCGAAAAAGCUGGCCACUGCCACACAGACAUCCCCAUACCCUUAAUAUGAACCGAUCUUUGAUAUCAAUUCUCUCAUUGCUGUGACAGUCAAACGUAAUCGUUAUAAUCGUUAUAUGAGAAGGACCGAAUUACAGACAAUUACGGGACAAUUAGGUAGAUAGAUACGUAAAUGACAAACAAACAAUCCAAGCAAACGAUGAUCUUAAACUAUAACUAAAUACUAAAAACUAACAAAAACAAAACAAAACAAAACAAAAAAAUAACAAAGCUAGCAAGAAAGCUAAAGCUAAACACAACAUUCUUAUGAACUGGACAAGAUGAAGAGACGGAGAUGACGAAAAGGACUAUUUGGGAAUCUUCAGCGAAUGUUGCUCAAAUCAAAUCAAAUGAAAACCCACGGCCAACGACGAAUGUGAAAAUCGUUCCUGCAUUUAUAGAAACUACUGCAGUGCACCCAUUAGAACCCACGCACACCUGUCGCUUUUGUUCAAUACUUAUACGCCACGCACUUUGGAUAAGUCUAAUGUAAAAAUUGAUUACCGGCUUGUAUACAUAUAUACAUAUAUGGCCAGCACCUGUGUAUAUAUAACUUUUGAUGUGGAUAAAUAGAGAGUUGGUCCGAUGUCUUCCAAUCCAAGCCAAGCCAAUUAAUCAAUCAAUCCAUUCAAAUGAGAGUGAUAGACGGACAGAAACAAUGCUAAAAAAAUUCUUUAAUUUAUUAUUUUUGCUAAAUUUAUGUAAUAGAAAACGUUGUGUACAUACGAGAGUUAUUAUUUUGAUAAAGAUAAUAAAUUAUAAUUACCAAUUACCUUACGUUUACAAUUAAAUGAUGAUCUUGGAUGAUAUGAAUAUUAUUGAUGAUAUACCUCUGCAAAUCGUGCAACUAAUCACAACAGCAAACAAACAAACAUACAAACAACCAACCAACAACAACAACAACAACAACAACCAAC